UCACGCACUCAUCAAACCAGCUGAGCACAAUAGACAGGUUGUAAUCUCACACGCGCCUUUCUAGAUCUCCUGAUAGCAUUGGCUGCUUCGUUCCUGUGCGUGGUGUAGACAUGGAGGCGUUUGUAGAAGGCUGUCUGGGGUUUCUGUACGAUCUGCUGGUGGUAGUCUGUGUUGGGCUGCUGCUUCUGCAGGUUGCUGAGGGCCGGACGGUGAGGUGGCUGGGGCUGCUCGUGGUUUCUGGAGUGACUUUGAGCUGUUUGGUCAAUUCAAGCGCUCUUAAAGUAGGCAUUGUGAGUGUGCUGUGUAGUGUCAUCCACUAUGUAGGGCGAGAAGGGGUCAUGCUGCCUGCCCAAAACAAGGCUGUACUAAUCACAGGUUGUGAUUCGGGUUUUGGUCAUGAUCUGGCCAGGUUUUUAGACGUUGCAGGGAUGAGGGUGUUUGCCGGGGUUCUGGAUGAACUCGGUCCUGGAGCUCUGGAGCUAAAGAAAGCUGCAUCUCCAAACCUCACUGUCCUACAGUUGGACAUCACCAACAGCAGCCAGAUCACACAGGCACACCGGUAUAUCCAGAGCCAAACAGGCAAAACAGGACUCUGGGCACUGGUGAACAAUGCUGGAGUGCUUGGAUACAUGUGUGAUGGAGAAAUUCAGCCAAUUAAAAUGUAUAAAAAAUACCUAGAUGUGAAUUUUAUUGGUAGCGUAGAGAUAACAAAAGUCUUUCUGCCUCUGAUACGCCAAUCAAAAGGACGACUCGUCAGUAUAUCAAGCAUGGCAGGAGAAGUUCCGAUUCCUGGAUUCGCGGGAUAUGGAGCGUCUAAAGCGGCACUGACCUCAUUCUGUGGAGCGAUCAGACAGGAACUCUUACGCUGGGGAGUCAAAGUCAUCAUCGUUCAACCUGGAGCUUUCAAAACAAAUAUUCUGGGCAGCAGAGAGCAAUGGGAGAGCGCCGAAGGGGACGUCCUCAGCGGUUUGUCUCCGGAAGCGAUGGCGUCUUACGGAGAGGAGUACAUCUGCUCGAUGCAGCAGCGGCUGGUCCAGAUGUCCUCAUUAUCAAGCCCAGACACGGGGCCCGUUCUGGAGGCUCUAAAACACGCGAUACUGUCCCAGACGCCGAAACCCUUCUAUUACCCAGGGGCCUCGGCGUGGGCUUUUCCAUUACUCUACCGGCACUGUCCCACCUCGCUGUCUGACAGAAUCUUCUCACAAAUGUUUAUAAGCAGCGAUAUAAAACCAGCAGAAGUCCUAGAGUCCUGAUUUGUGCUUCUGUUUGGUGACGCCAACGGGGCCAGGAAUGGCACACUUCACAUUUACAUACCUCUCUCGACUUUCUGAGAAAAACGCAGGGCGAGCGAACGCCACAGCGUCAGUGCUCACACGACAUUUAACACGGUUCGAAAGAGACUGCAUUGCGCUAUUAUUAACAAUGGACCUUUUCAUCGCCUGGCAUUCGCUAGUAAUGCUGCACUCUACUGUAUGUAAAGCCUUCACUGCACUUCUUCGUCGUCGCAUCCAGGUCAAAUUUUUACUGUUGUUUUCUAAGUUGGCACAUUCACACGGGAAAAAAAAAACACAAAACAUGUUUAAACCAAUCCACUUGUACCUUUUAACAAUGCAUGUAGUUGUCAUUGCACAUAAAAAUAACCUAAAAAAAAAUGUCCGCUGCAUAAAAAUAAACAUCUAUAUACACGUA